CAUGGUACCGGAAGUAAUGUACGUGUAUCUGAUCUUACCGGAAAUAUUUCUGUAAAGCGAAGAACCCUACCUUCGUGCUUUUGAGCUCUUUGGUCGCUAUUAUACUUGGUUUGACAUACUACAACUGAACCACUGAGGGUGUCUUGAAAAUGAUCAUCCCAGUGCGGUGCUUCACAUGUGGAAAGAUCGUGGGUAACAAAUGGGAGAUGUACCUUGGCUUACUCCAGGCAGAGUACACCGAGGGUGAUGCGCUUGAUGCCCUGGGGCUGAAGAGAUACUGCUGUCGAAGGAUGCUCCUGUCUCAUGUGGAUCUUAUUGAGAAGUUGUUGAAUUAUGCCCCCUUGGAAAAGUAACUGCUACCGGCCUCCUUUAAUAAGAAUGUGAUCUUUGGAAGGUGUCCUCUUUAUUUUGAUGCAAAAAUGCUUUGACCACAAUAUUUUCUUUUUUUAAAUAAAGGUGAUAAAUGUCA